CCAAACCACACAUCCUUCUGGGUACCGUCCAAAUCAGAGGGGCGGAUAAAAUCCCACCAAUGCUCCUCCUCGCUCCCACCCCGCCGCCGUCGCCGGCCACCGCUCACCGGCGACCGGGUGGCAGCGCUGCCUCGUGCAUCCGCUGCUCGAGCGUGCGAGAGCUUGAUAGGUCCCCGAGCCGCCCGCCGCUGCCGGCGCUGGCGGAGGCAAAGCGGGUGGUGCUGGUGCGGCACGGGCAGAGCACCUGGAACGCGGACGGACGCAUCCAGGGGAGCUCCGACUUCUCCGUGCUCACGCCCAAGGGGGAGUCCCAGGCCGAGACAUCCCGCCUCAUGCUCCUCGCCGACUCCUUCGACGCCUGCUUCACCAGCCCGCUCGCCCGGUCCCGCCGCACCGCGGAGAUCAUCUGGGACAGCCGCGAUAAGGACCUCAUCCCGGACUACGACCUCCGCGAGAUCGACCUCUAUUCCUUCCAGGUGGGCACCUGCUCGCUCGCUCGCUCGCUUGAUGUUUGUGCAAAUGCUUGGCAGCCGGCAGGUGCCUGCGGAAAUGCCACACUGACGAGCGGGAUUUGUUUGCAGGGGCUCUUGAAGCAUGAAGGGAAGGAGAAGUACGGGGCUCUGUUCCAGCAGUGGCAGAAGAGUCCAUCAGACUGCAGCAUCGAUGGGCACUACCCAGUGCGGGAGCUCUGGGACCGAGCCCAGGGCUGCUGGGAGAGGAUCCUGACACACGAGGGCAAGUCCGUGCUUGUGGUUGCGCACAAUGCAGUUAACCAAGCGCUCGUCGCCACAUCCCUGGGACUUGGCACGGAGUACUUUCGGACUCUGCUCCAAAGCAACUGUGGCGCUAGUGUGCUGGAUUUCACCCCACAGCCCGGUGGACGCCCUCCAAAUGUGUGCCUUAACCGCUUAAAUCAGACCCCGAACUCUCCUAUUUCUGCCGAAAGUUCUGCAGGUAGAAAGUCGAGCAAGCGGAUCAUUCUAGUUUGUCAAGGGGCUACACAGAGCAGUUCUGAGGGUAGUUUAGGCGGAGUGGGUUAUGCACCGCUGAACAUGCUGGGUGUUAUACAGGCUCAGAAGACCGCGGAACUGCUUCUAGAUCUGAAGGUGAACAGUAUUAUCUGUAGCCCACAAGUCGCAGCUGUUGAUACCGCAACUGCCAUAUGUGAGGUCCAAGAGGCUGCUGAUUGCUUAGGUGCUGACUGUGUGCCUCGUUACGUUGAAAUGAAGAAUUUGCUUGGACUCGAAAUUGAUGAUGCCUUUCUAACAAAGCAAAAGAGCCUUGAACAGAUAGUUCAGUCUGGUUGGAUGGGCGGCAUGGAACACCAAAAGCUAAAGACAUUGUGGGCUCAGUCAGAGGAUGCAUGGCAAGCUUUGGUAAACGAAUUGCCAGAGGAUGAUGGUGCUGAGUCAGACCAAGUCGUUGUCGCCAUCGGCCAUCCUGCCAUCCACCUAGGACUGCUCUGCAGGUGUCUGAACCUAACAAUGGAUUACAUGCCAUCUUUUCAUCUGGACGACGGCAGCAUCAGCGUGAUCGAUUUUCCAGAUGGGCCGAAAGGAGGAGGUAUCGUCAGAUGCACGAAUUACACGGCCCAUUUGGGCAGAUGGUCGUUACCCAUCACAAAAUCAACAGAAAACAAUGAUGAAUUCUGAAUUAAUUUUUGUACAGAGGUAAUUAACAUCUCCCUUUCUUUCGCUGUAAAAAGAAACAUCUUCCAUUUCUUGGUGGGAGUACGAUCCUUAAGGAAAAUGAAUUGAGCUUGUAGAUAUCAUACACUGAUGUAAAUGGCAUCUUCCUGGUUUUUAUUUGUGAAGAUUAUUUCAUUCACUAUACA